UAUUUCCAUAUGUGGGCAAAGUCAAUGGUCCCAUGCCCGGGCCAGGGUCGAACCUGAGUGGGAGGGUUUUUAUUGAUUCUGUCCGACAUAUUUCCAGAUGCAACCCAAUUUUCCCCCACCGAAAGGAGAAGUGAAUCCCGCAUGUUCAUAAUCGUCUGAUUUUACCGACCGUUUUACCGAAAAAUUUGCAAUUUCCGGGUGUGGCCAUAGACAUCUGGGCAUGCGCCUUGUGGAGGUGGUCCGGUGAUUGAAAUUUAGCGGUGAACGGAGGACAGGACCAGACGACAAGGGGAGGAGAUCGAUCCCAGCCCCAAAAAUUCGACGGAGAUUUAGGAUAUUCCCUCCGCCGGACCUGGAGAGAUUCACCGAAGGAAUAAGGGACACCAUCAACCAUGAGGGAUCGGCUGGCGGCGUUGAAAGCGGCCCAAAGUGACGACGACGAUGUGGGGCCAGACGCGGUGACGGUGAACAUGGACAGUGGAGGGUUCAUGGACGAAUUCUUCCAAGAGGUGGAAGAAAUCCGUGGUAUGAUCGACAAGAUUCAAGAAAAUGUCGAGCAAGUCAAGAAGAAACACAGUGAUAUCUUGUCAGCGCCACAAGCUGAUGACAAAACAAAAGAAGAGCUUGAGGAUCUAAUGGCAGACAUCAAGAAGACUGCCAACAAGGUCCGUUCCAAGCUUAAAGGCUUCCGCAGAUCUUAGGAUACGUAAAACUCAGCAUUCCACCCUUUCGCGUAAGUUUGUUGAGGUGAUGACGGACUACAAUACCACACAAACAGACUACCGCGAGCGCUGCAAAGGGCGCAUCCAACGACAGUUGGAAAUCACCGGCAAGCAGACCACCAAUGAGGAACUAGAAGAGAUGCUAGAGAGUGGGAACCCAGCCAUUUUCACCUCUGGGAUCAUUAUGGACACCCAACAUGCAAAGCAGGCUCUGAGCGACAUCGAGGCGCGGCACAAUGACAUCAUGAAGUUGGAAAGCAGCAUCAGGGAGCUUCACGACAUGUUUAUGGACAUGGCCAUGCUUGUAGAACAGCAGGGGGAAAUGAUAGACAGAAUUGAAUACAAUGUGGAGCAUGCCGUCGACUACGUGGAAACUGCAGUAGGGGAUACCAAGAAAGCUGUCAAGUACCAAAGUAAAGCUAGGAGGAAAAAGAUCAUGAUCAUAGUGUGUUGUGCAGUCCUGAUCGUGAUCAUUGUGGGCGUUUUCGGGGGCGUCUUUGGCUAAGGACAAGCACUUACACAUCCAGGACCACCUUUACUAUGGUAAUAACAGUCGAACUCGCAAUGGAAUGGAAAUGGAAGCAGAAGAAAGGCAGAAUC